UUAUUGGGGAAGGUGAUCUGGCUUUCCAUCCCACAUUCAGGACUGAGCCUCUGGGAGCUGGUGAGGGUGUGUCUGCAGGGAGGAUUUCUUUACCUCCUGGCCUGGAUGAUGCACACAAGCACGGCUACCAUGACAAGGGACCUCCAACAGGAAAGAUCCGAGACACAGCAUACAAGAAAUAUCUGAAACCAUCCAAAGCCAUGUGGCAAAUGCUGAAGGAAAUGCUGCAGAGAAAACAAGGAAUGAAAGGAGAGGCUGUGCAGAAACAAGACGCAUUUCCCGGAGGAAACAGUGGUUCUGUUCCAGCCUCUGCUGCAGGAAGGGAGGCCAUGCCAGGCACAGUCACAGGAGGUGACGUUCCUAGGAAGAUUCCUCCAUUAUCUUGGCUGCAUAGAGAUUUGAAGCCCUUGGAGCCUCCUGCAGGUGUGUCUGCAGGGAGGAUUUCUCUAACUCCUGUCCUGGAUGCUGCACACAAGCUCAGCUCCCAUCACAGGGUUGCUUUGAAAGGAAAUAUCAGAGACACAGGUGACAAAAACUCAAUGGAAACAUCUGAAGUCAUUCAGCAAAUGCUGAAGGAAAUGCAGCAGGGAGGACAAGGAAUGAAAGGAGAGGCUGUGCAGAAACAAGACGCAUUUCCCCGAGGAAACAGUGGCUCUGUGCCAGCCUCUGCUGCCGGAAGGCAGGCUGUGCCAGGCACAGUCACAGGAGAUGUGGUCCCUGGGAAGGUUUCUCCUUUUGCUUGGCUGCAUAAAGACUUGGAGCACUUGGAGUCUCCUGCAGGUGUGUCUGCAGGGAACACUUUUCCAGCUCCUUUGCUGAUUGCUACACAGAAGCCCAGCUCCCAUCACAGGGGUACGCAAAGAGGGAAGAAUAAAGACAUGGCAGAGAAGGAAUCACUUGAGUCAAAUGACAUCCUGAAACAAACUAUGAAGGAACUACAGAAACGGCAUGAGAUGGACAUGGAGGUUCUGUGGAAGGCAGCAUUUCCCCAUGGGAGCAGUCGCUCAUUGGCAGCCCCUGCUUCAAGAGGAAAGGCGAUGCCAGGCACGGGCACAGGCACAGGCACAGGAGAUGGGAUUGCUGGGAAGGUUUCUCCUUUAGCCUGGUGGUAUGAAGUUUUGAAGCCCUUGGAGCCUCCAGCAGGUGUGCCUGCAGGGAGAAUUUCUCCAACUCCUGUCCUGGAUGCUGCACACAAACCCAGUUCCCAUCCUAGGGGUCCUCCCACAGAAAAGACCAAACACACGACAGACAAGAAAUUCCUGAAGCCAUUUGAAGUCAUGAGGCAAAUGCUGAAGGAAAUGCUGCAGGAAAGACAAGAAGUGGAUGGAGAGGAUGUGCUGAAGGCUGCAUUUCCUGGAGGAAGCAGUGUCUCCAUUGCAGGAAAGGAGCCAAUGCCAGGCACAGUCACAGGAGAUUGGGAUCGCGACUUGGAUUAUCUGGAAGCCCUGGUGGAAUACGGCAUGAAAUUCUUGAAGGAUGCUGAAGAUGAACCUAUUGGGGAAGGUGAUCUGGCUAUCCAGCCCACAUUCAGGGAAGAGCCCCUGGGAGCUGGUGAGGGUGUGCCUGCAGGGAGGAUUUCUUUACCUCCUGGCCUGGAUGCGGCACACAAGCCUGACUCCCAUCUCAGGGGAAAGACUCAAGAAACGGGAGCCAAAAAUUCUGUUGACUCAGAAGAAUUCCUGAGACAAACACAGGACAAAGUUCAGGGUGGACCAGUGGUGAAGCAAAAGUCUGUGCAGAAGGGAGCACACCCCAAUGGAAGCAGUGGCUCAGUGCCAGCCUCUCCUGCAGGAGGGACAGUGACACCAGGCACGGGCACAGGAACAGGCACAGGAGAUGGGAUUGCUGGGAAGGUUUCUCCUUUAGCCUGGUGGUAUGAAGUUUUGAAGCCCUUGGAGCCUCCAGCAGGUGUGCCUGCAGGGAGAAUUUCUCCAACUCCUGUCCUGGAUGCUGCACACAAACCCAGUUCCCAUCCUAGGGGUCCUCCCACAGAAAAGACCAAACACACGACAGACAAGAAAUUCCUGAAGCCAUUUGAAGUCAUGAGGCAAAUGCUGAAGGAAAUGCUGCAGGAAAGACAAGAAGUGGAUGGAGAGGAUGUGCUGAAGGCUGCAUUUCCUGGAGGAAGCAGUGUCUCCAUUGCAGGAAAGGAGCCAAUGCCAGGCACAGUCACAGGAGAUUGGGAUCGCGACUUGGAUUAUCUGGAAGCCCUGGUGGAAUACGGCAUGAAAUUCUUGAAGGAUGCUGAAGAUGAACCUAUUGGGGAAGGUGAUCUGGCUUUCCAUCCCACAUUCAGGACUGAGCCCCUGGGAGCUGGUGAGGGUGUGCCUGCAGGGAGGAUUUCUUUACCUCCUGGCCUGGAUGCGGCACACAAGCCUGACUCCCAUCUCAGGGGAAAGACUCAAGAAACGGGAGCCAAAAAUUCUGUUGACUCAGAAGAAUUCCUGAGACAAACACAGGACAAAGUGCAGGGUGGACCAGUGGUGAAGCAAAAGUCUGUGCAGAAGGGAGCACACCCCAAUGGAAGCAGUGGCUCAGUGCCAGCCUCUCCUGCAGGAGGGACAGUGACACCAGGCACGGGCACAGGAACAGGCACAGGAGAUUCAGCCGGCACCUCAACAUGUGUUCCUGGCUCCCAGGCGGGCAUUACUAAUGGUUUCCUUCAGGAUAAACUCACCUGGCUAGGGUUAAUAUCAGGCCUGCUCGUUUUGGAGUUUUUCUGCGUUGUUACCUGCAUCACAAUCUGGAAUUGCUGGAAGAGAAAAUGUCACACCUCUGGACAGCAGAUGAAAGAUGGUGGCAACACCUCACACUCUGACAGUUUCUCCAUCAGUAAUAAGAGCCUGGGUAGCCCUUGCAAGAGCUCUGAGAAGAGGAAUCCAAAACAACCAUCUCCGAGGACCCCUCCUAUUACCCUGUAGAUCCCAUUGCCAUAUCUUCUCCCCAUGGAUAUCCCCAAGUGGCAUUCACUCCAUUUUUUAACUCCCUCUGCCCCAUCCCAGCCCAUUCCCAUGUUCUUAUACAGACCCCAGCACCAGCCCAGCACCCUCCAGCCCCCAGCUGAGAACAACACAGCACUUCCUCUGCCCCUCAGCCCCCUGGCCCUGCCCUCUAAACAACACUGAACAUGAUCCCUCCUCCCCACUCCCACCUGGGUAGCCAAUGGCCCAUUGUUCUGUUCCAAUAAAGAGAGAGAGCUGUC